GCCGGCCCGCCGAGGUUCCGCCCCGCGCGCGGGCUGCGGCGGGGUAGCUGAGAUGCUGUGCGGAGCUCUCCCUACCGUAAGCGGAUUUCUGGGAACCAAACCCUGUUCCUAAGAAGUAAACUGCCAAGGCUACUUUCUGUCCAAACACCAAGGAGCCAGUUGGUACCAUGAAGGUCUUCUGUGGGCGGGCCAACCCGACCACUGGCUCUGUGGAGUGGCUGGAGGAGGAUGAGCACUACGAUUGCCACCAGGAGAUUGCCAGGUCAUCCUAUGCAGAUAUGCUACAUGAUAAAGACAGAAAUGUAAAAUAUUACGAGGGUAUCCGCGCUGCUGUUAGCAGAGUGAAAGACAGAGGACAGAAGGCCUUGGUUCUUGACAUUGGCACUGGCACUGGACUCCUGUCAAUGAUGGCAGUCACAGCAGGUGCUGACUUUUGCUAUGCCAUUGAGGUUUUUAAGCCUAUGGCUGAUGCUGCUGUGAAGAUUGUGGAGAAGAAUGGCUUCAGUGAUAAGAUUAAAGUUAUCAACAAGCAUUCCACGGAAGUGACUGUUGGGCCAGACGGUGACAUGCCGUGCCGUGCCAACAUCCUGGUCACAGAGCUAUUUGACACAGAACUAAUUGGGGAGGGAGCACUGCCCUCUUACGAACAUGCUCAUAGGCAUCUUGUGCAGGAAAAUUGUGAGGCAGUACCUCACAAAGCAACUGUCUAUGCCCAGCUGGUAGAGUCCCGAAGGAUGUGGUCAUGGAACAAGCUGUUUCCUGUUCGUGUUCAGACCAGCCUGGGAGAGCGGGUCAUCACUCCCCCAUCAGAACUGGAGCGGUGCCCAGGUGCGCCCUCUGUGUAUGACGUUCAGCUGAACCAGGUGUCAUCUGCUGACUUCACUGUCCUCAGUGAUGUGCUGCCUAUGUUCAGUGUGGACUUCAGCAAGCAAGUCAGUAGCUCAGCAGCCUACCAUAGCAGGCAGUUUGAACCUCUGGCAUCGGGCCAAGCUCAGGUGGUUCUCUCCUGGUGGGACAUUGAAAUGGACCCUGAAGGGAAGAUCAAGUGCACCAUGGCACCCUUUUGGGCACAUCCGGACCCGCAGGGACUCCAGUGGCGGGAUCACUGGAUGCAGUGUGUGUACUUCCUGCCACAAGAGAAGCCUGUUGUACAGGGCACCCCCUGCUGCCUGGUAGCCCACCACGAUGAUUACUGUGUAUGGUACAGCCUUCAGGGACCCAGCCCUGAUGAGAAUGAGAGAGUCCACCAGAUGCGCCCUGUAUGUGACUGCCAGGCUCACCUGCUCUGGAACAGACCUAGGUUUGGGGAGAUCAAUGAUCAGGACAGAACUGAUCAGUAUGCUCAAGCCCUGAGAACAGUGCUGACAGCAGACAGCGUCUGUCUUUGUGUCAGCGACGGCAGUCUGCUCUCCAUGCUGGCCCAUCACUUCGGGGCGGAGCAGGUAUUUACAGUUGAGAGUUCAGCAGCUUCCCAUAAACUGAUGAAAAAGAUCUUCAAGGCUAACCACUUGGAAGACAAAAUUAGUAUCAUUGAGAAACGGCCUGAGUCGCUAACAUCUGCAGACCUGGAGGGGAAGAAGGUCUCCCUCCUCCUGGGCGAGCCUUUCUUCACCACCAGCCUGCUACCAUGGCACAACCUGUACUUCUGGUAUGUCCGCACCGCCGUAGACCAGCACCUGGCACCUGGCGCCAUUGUGAUGCCCCAGAGUGCCUCAUUGCACGCUGUGAUCGUGGAGUUCAAGGACCUGUGGCGGAUCCGGAGCCCUUGUGGUGACUGUGAAGGCUUCGACGUGCACAUCAUGGAUGACAUGAUUAAGCGGGCCCUGGAUUUCCGGGAGAGCAAGGAGGCGGAGCCCCACCCCCUGUGGGAGUACCCCUGCCGCAGCCUCUCCGAGCCCCAGCGGAUCCUGACCUUUGAUUUUCAGCAGCCGGUCCCCCAGCAGCCCCUACGUGCUGCAGGCUCCAUGGAGCUAAGGAGGCCUGGGAAGACCCACGGAGCCGUCUUGUGGAUGGAAUACCACCUGACCCCAGACAGCACGGUCAGCACUGGCCUCCUAGAGCCUGCAGCAGACAAGGGGGACUGCUGCUGGAACCCUCACUGCAAGCAGGCCGUGUACUUCCUCAACACCACCCUGGAUCACAGCAUGCCACAGGAUGGCCCUCAGGCAGUCAGCUACACUGUGGAGUUUCAGCCCCAUACUGGAGAUGUUACCAUGGAAUUCAGGCCUGUAGACACCCUGAACUGACCCUUCUUUGUUGAGAAAUAAAGUCUCUGAAUGGCUUA